CCUAGCCUACAUUGGGUGCCAUUAAUUUUCCCAGGCGUUGUGCAUGAGAUGAAAGGCCCCGGUUCAAGUUAAAGUUGUGAAUUGUAGAAAAUGGAGAUGAAUGUGGAAAGUGAAUACCAACAUGACCAAUUCCAAGAGCAGUAUGCAAUGGGAAUGCAAGACACUAGUAUGACAAAUACUCCAAAGGAUGAGCCGGAAAGUUUCGAUACUACUUCAAACGGACAAAAUGCUAAUAAAAGUUCCAACCAAACAAGAAACUACAGAGGCGGUCUCAAGGGCAGUCGAUCUCGCAUCCGGUUUCAUCCCUACAAGGGUAUCGGCACCAGGACCUACACAAACUCAGUCUUUGUCAGCAACAUUCCCUACGAAUUGAGCGAACAAGAAUUUAAAGAUCUCUUCGAGCAACAAGUGGGGAAAGUUGUUUUCUGUGAAAUCUUCCCUGAGCCGGGCGGACUGUCAACAGGAUGUGGCGUGGUAGAGAUGGAAAAUCCCACCGAUGUAGAGAAGGCUGUAUUCAAGAUGAAAAAAUACCAAAUCCAAGGCCGUGGGCUGGUGGUGAGAGAUGACAGAGAUUUAAGCUACAGUUCACGCUACCGAAGCCCACCUGUAGUCAAACCCCAGUCCUCCAUCGUCAACCCUGAAGUCUUACACCGACUUGGCAUUCACCCUGAUGAUGUCUCGGAAACAGUUCACGUUGCCAAUCUCUCAGAAGAGGUGGACUUGAGGAAACUCAAGGACGUGUUCAGCCUGGCCGGUCUGGUCAUGAAUCUGGAAAUCUUGAAGGACGAACAAGGGAAGAGCCUUGGCCUGGCGACAGUCACCUACUCCUCCUGUGAGGAGGCAGUCAAUGCCAUCUCUAUGUUUGACAACCAAUCCUUGUUUGAGCUGAAGAUGAGCGUCCGAAUGGACAAAAGUAGAAAGCGCUUGCAGGAUCCAGAAAAACAGAAGGAACUGCCCCAGGGCUUGGGCGGGAUUGGCCAGAACUUGCUGGCAAGAGGUCCGCAGGGCGGCGGCAUGGGUGGGCUGCCCAUGGGCGGAGCCAUGAUGGGGGGACCCAUGGGAGGGGCCGCCAUGUUCAACCGGAUGGGCGGAGGCGGAGACUUCGGGGGUGGCUAUGAUCGGCCCAUGGGAGGUAUUGGCAGGGGUUUCGACAUGGGAAUUGGCAUGGGAUACCCAUCAGGCGACGCCGGAGGGGGCUACGGGGGAGGAUUCGGUGGAGGUCCCAUGAGGAACUAUGUCCAGGGUUCCCCUGGUGCCGUAGACCCCAGCCAAGGUUGCCAAGUCUUCGUCCGAAACCUUUCCCCUGAAGUGUCUUGGGAGGAUCUCAAGGACUGCUUCAAGAAGAUUGGACCGGUUUACUAUGCAGAUGUUAAGAAGGACAAUGAAGGGAAAUCAAAAGGCUUUGGGACAGUGAAAUACCAUAAUCCGCAGCAUGCCCAGCAAGCCAUAUUGCUGCUGAACGGUGCCAAUUUGAAGGGUCGUCGUAUUGCAGUUACCUUUGGUCGGUUUUGAUUCUCUAAAGUCUCUCUGAACGGUAUGGUUGUGGCUGUCUUGGAGGGGGGGUGUAAAAUUGGUCAAACAAUCCUUAAAAUUUAAAGCGGUCAUGUCUCAGAUACAUUUUCUCUUCCAUACAUUGUUAAGCAUUGGAAUAUGUCUGUACACUGGGCAGACAUGUAAGUAAUGGUCUUUAUUGCAAUUUUUAGCUGAAGUGUAUAGACUUAAAAAAAAAACUUGGAAAAAUUGACGGGAUGAAGUAAUUUGUUGUCUUGGUGUGGCAUCUGAGACCAGAUUGCAAAUCUAAUUAGAAAUUAUCUAGUAUGAAAACAUGUAGUGAAAUUGUGUGCUGAGAGUGUCGGUCAGUCCUCAUCAAGCCAUGAAGUCAUAUCAAGGUUGAAGCAUUUGACCACAUGUUUGAAUGAUAGUUCCUAGUUUUUCUUGGUCUCUGAUUCACCGUCAUAUUCAGAUGUUCAUUUUUUCUCAAUGACACGUUUAAGAGAUAUUGAAUUGCAUUAAAAUGCAUGUCAAGACAAUAAGGUUAUUGCAAAUUACACAAAGUCAUUUGUUUUCAAGGUUUGCUUCAUUUUCAUUGUUUGAUUAGAGAAAAAAUGAAGGAACUUCUUUCUUUGGGGGGGGUUCUUUGUAAAUACAAGGCAUUUUUUCCCAAGUCACAGCUGUCUGCUUUCUUUUGUGGUUGCCAAAUUUUUACUCCUUACAGAUCUUGAGAUCUUUUUGUGAAAGAUCACCCUUGAGUUAGCUACUCGCAUGUUUUAUUGUUGUAGAGGUUUUUCAGGUGUCAUAAUUAUGCUCUAAAUCCACUCAAAUGGAUUUUUCAUGGAAGACUUCCUUUUGUUGAUUGUCAACUUUGGUCUGGAAACUAGAGACUCUUUUACAAAUCUUGUGCUUGAAAUUUUUAAAAUCAAAUAAUUGAUAAAGUCAUUGGUGUGUUUCAUGUUUGUUAGAAUUUGCCUCAGCAAAAAGUCAAAGGAUUUGUUGAAUGCUGUGCAGUUGUCGUCAAUAAAAGCAUGUGGCCACCAGAUACAGUAAAGGAA